AUGUACAAAGUCGGAAAUGUCGCGGACAACCUCGGCCGGGACUCUUCGGAGAUCCCAGCCUCUCUGAUCAAGACUCUACGAUCCCGUCAUCAAAGCCUACGAGACCCGUUUCUCCUCCAGCGUGACGACACGGCUUUCAACGACAUGAUCCGCCAACUAGCUUUCGAGGAGCUUGAGAGGCCUACAAGCAGCGGAGACGAGUGCGAAAAGGCUAGCGACCUUGACAUGACCAAGUCGUCGGGCACAUAUGCCACAGCAAGGGAUGAUUCGACCAUCGCCUCCCGCGACACUGCGUUCUUCUCCAAAGGGGCCAUUUUGAGCGCAAACAAGAGAAUGCUAGGUGCCAGGAGGCGCUGCAAGAGUGUCUUCAAGCUAGUCCUGGCCAGGUUGUGUAACGGCGGUUGA